CCAAGAUGACGACGGCACAAAAUGAAAGUGGGCGAAAGCACGUUAUUAUUACAGACUUGGAUCUAUCUGACUGCCACCAACAAAUGGAAACAAAAUAUUCGCAGGAUCUUAAUCGCAAAGCUCACAAAAAACGACAUGCACAAAAACAACUCCAUACCAUUUCGGGUAAUUUUAGCCGUCGUUCUCGGUCAGCAGAGCAUCGCUCGGAAGACCACAAUGCCAGCCGUGUCAACAGUUACUUCAAUGAAUUGCUUCAAUCUAAGGAUAAGCAAAUGGAUACAUUGCUUCAACGAUUAGCAACCUUGCAUAAAUUCAAUGAACAGUUUGAUGCCCAAAACAAAGAACUGCGAUUGCACGUACAUAAUCUUGAAGAGCGCAUAGAUUCCCUACAGCACGAAAUCGCUAAUUGUGGCCGUUGUCAGGAGUUAAGUCAACAACUAUCCAAAUGUUCGACUGAAAAGCAAACUCUUAUAUCGGAUGUAGCUAUGAUGAAGACUCUGGUUUAUCGUCUUAAUGUACAAAUUGAAAGAUAUCAGGAUCGUUUGCGUGUGUCUAAAAACGGAAUGCCUAUUGUCACAAAUAUGAAAAGUAAUUCCGAUAAAAAUGGUACUGGUGACGUGCCCAAUCAGAAUUUUUCCAUUACAGCCUGGGAGGAAUGCGCUUUACAUACACAUACACUUUCUCCAUUACUUCAGUCAUAUGACGAAAUGAUACGUGACAAAGAACAGUUAAUACAACAGUAUAUGGAAGAAUUUGAACACUUCACUGGAGAGCUUAAACGCACCCUAGAAGAAAAUAAUAGCUUAUUGCAGCAAAACGAAAGUCUUCGUCGAGAGGUGGGUUCGUGGCGUGAAGAACGCACUAGAUUACAAGCCAAAGCCGAUGUUUGUCGGGCGAAAGCUGAAGCGCAAACAAGAAAAUGUGACUUGGCCAAGGAAAAGCUUGUGGAAGUAAUGCAUUGCUACGAACAGAAAAUGCAAUCACUAGUCCUGGACAUGGAGCAUUUGCAAUCGGCCUACACGCGCUGCAAGAACGAACUUGCAUCACUAAAAAGUGUCGCGAAACAAUCACCUGACAAUAUGGCGCACGCCUUGCAAGAAUGUAAGGCCCUAUCAGAAGAGCUGAAAUCGGAGUAUAGCAGCGAGAAAAAAAUUCUAGAAAAUACAAUAGAAGAGCUUCGGGUGCGCCAUGCGGAAGACAGUAAUAAGAUUGCUGAAUUGAAGACGGAAAGGAAAACUUUGGAGAAGGAGCUAGAACAAAUGCACGCUGCAGCAGAAGACCUCCAAAUGCGCACAGCUUCUUUCCAGCGAACGGCCGAAAAAAUAAAGCGGUCACGAGAUCGGCUGAAAGCUCGCCUGCGAAUUGCGUUGCAAUGGGCUCAAAAAAUUGAAGAGGGACAGGCGAAUAUACAAAACACUUGGGAUGCUCUGAAACGCCUUGAGACAAUCGUAAAGCAUAAGGAGUCACAAGUGCGCGGGUUGCAUGCCCGCCAUUUGCAGGAAAUUGAUAAAAUGCAAAGGAAACUAUUUCAAAAAGAGGAGACCAUAAGGAACAUACUUAAAGGGAAACUUGGCGUCACCGAACAAGCGCAGUAGAAGGAAUAAAUCAUUAUUCAUUUAACGGUGUAAUGAUUGUAGCGUUUCUUCCAAUCAAACCAUACCCACAUAUACGAAUUAAAUUAACUUAAAGUACGUUUACACAGUCAAAUCUCGGAAUUUAAGCUAUAAAUUUGUUGUGCUUGUUUUUUCUCACAACUCAGAAAGUUCGAUUUCUUCUUUGUGCUACUAGACGGAGAGCUCAUGACCAAAAGAAUCAUCAUACUUCAGAUCGAUUGAAAUUUUAUGUGAGCUUAGCUUGUUAAUAUAUAAAUCCAGAUCCGCAGGUCUGGCUGCUGAACAGCGGUUUUGACCAUACGUUUUAGCUAUUAAAGAUGCCAAUAAAAACCGAUUACUCAAUAGGGCGGGUCGAAAAUCUAAUUUUUCUCAAAUACCUUGGUAAUAGUGAAAAUAUAUUGUAUC